AGCACUGGGACUGCAUUGGCUCUGACGUGGAGCAGAAGGAGGAGACUCUAACAAUGAAUGUGCUGGGAACACAUGUUUACAAUGAGAGGAGGAAGAAUGGAGCUGCACAGGAGCACUGAACUCUGUGGGUUUCAGAGAAACGUCAGCACAUACAGGAAAUAAGUGGACAACCUCUCUUCAUUGUACUUUUCUCUCAUACCUGCAGGUAGGACUGCUUCCAGUCAGUUUGUCAUUAAAUCAAGCCACUGUGUUGGGUUGUAGAUCUUUAGUCAUGGAGGUCCAUUAAUGUUCAGAAAGUGUAACAGAUGAAAGUGUUGCGACAUGAUCUGAGCAGAAAUCUGAACGCUUGACAUUUCAGGAGGAUUUUCUGUCAGCCGUAAUGUUGUAGGAAAAAGUAAAAUCUUUGACCUUGGGCUUUUUGUAAACAAGACAAAACUCACAAAAGUGUUUACUUAAUAUGAAUGCUUUCUCUUGGAGAUGGUGGCUCAUUUGUGCAAGCUGACAGACGCGGAAGUGAACAAGAGUCACAACAAAGAGGGAGGCAGAGUGGUACAAAGGACAAACGUUAUGGACCACUCAGGGAUGACCAGUGCCCAGCUGCUGAAAACUUCACCCAAAGAGUCUGCCUUCUGCGGCCAACCUUCCCACAAGAUGGGUUCUCCUGCAGUCCCCUGCAACGUUUUGGGUCCCCCUCCAGCCGUCUGGCCCCCUCUAGACUUUGUAUUGGGUGCUCUGGCCUGCUGUGCAGCCUGCGUGUUCACCAAUCCUCUGGAGGUUGUGAAGACACGUCUGCAGCUUCAGGGGGAGCUCCGUGUUCGGGGAUCCUACCACAUACACUACAGGGGAGUUCUGCAGGCCCUGUGGGUGGUGGGUCGCACAGACGGGCUCCGGGGCCUGCAGAAGGGACUCUCAGCCGGGCUCAUCUACCAAGGUGUAAUGAAUGGAGUGAGGCUGGGCUCUUACUCCUGGUGUGAAGCUCUGGGCAUCACUGCAGCUCAUGGAGGCAGCCUGCUGUCAGGUGCAGGGGCUGGGGCCCUGGGUGCCUUCAUCGCUUCUCCUGCUUAUCUGGUAAAGACCCAUCUGCAAGCUCAGACUGCGGAUGCCAUAGCUGUUGGUCACCAACAUAACCAUUUGGGUGUAUCUGAUGCCUUUGUUACCAUCUAUAGAAGAGAUGGUCUAAGUGGUCUCUGGAGGGGGGUAAACGGAGCUGUUCCUCGAGUCAUGGUGGGUUCAGCCACUCAACUGGCCACCUUCACCUCAGCCAAGGAUGGGGUGUCUCAUUCUCAGUGGUUUACUGCCAAUGCUUGGCUCACAGCGUUGAUUGCUGCCACCAUCAGUGGAGUUGCCGUGGCCAUCACCAUGACUCCAUUUGAUGUGAUUAGCACGCGGCUCUACAACCAGCCAGUGGACGAGUUUCGCAAAGGGCGCCUGUACCAUGGAUUUACAGACUGUUUGAUGAAAGUGUGCCAAGCCGAGGGUCCCUUGGGAUUUUAUAAAGGCAUGGGCCCUGUGUUCCUGCGGCUGGCCCCACAUACAGUGCUCAGCAUGUUAUUCUGGGAUCUGAUGAGGCAACAAGCAGUCAAAGACGAAUAGAGCCAAAGAUUGAGCUAAACGAUUAAAAAUCUGCAAACUGAGUGCCCGAAAGGGACCGUGUCAUUAAAUGACUCUGAAUUUCAUGCAAAACUUGACAUUUUUGCAAAUCUACAUUUUCUUCUUGUUGUUGUGAGUAACCAAUGGAGGCUGAUGCCAAUAAUUAGUGGAUAACAGCUUCUUGGUUGUAAUUUGUGAAACUGAAGUUUCCCUUUUUCUAUCUUAGAUAAAAUGUCAGACAAGUGCUGGAUUUUUGCACAAAUAAUACAAACACUGAAAUAUAAUUUGGUGAUCAAACAGACCUGGAUUCAGAAUACUGAUUCCAAUUUGCAAACCCAAGUUGUAUUCUUCUAUGUCCUCAAACUAGCAUCUGUUAGCUGCAGUUUCAUAUGUUAUUUAAAUGUCUGAGUGAUGUUUCAAACAUCACAUCUGACUAAUCUGAAAGUUGUCCAUUUAAGAAUAGUGCACUGAGUCAGGAAGCCCAGAGGAUUAAACUCUAUACUUAAUGAUAACCAAAGUGUUUCAUAUGAGUUUGUGUUAAAUCUCUGAUGAAUAUAAAGGUGUUGAUCAGGUUUUCUGAUGCAGAGCUGCUCAGUUACAGAGAAACACAAGCUGACCUCCAUCAUCAGAGUCCAUAACCACUCCUGUAUUUGUUGUAUUUAUUUUGAUGUAUAUUUCAGAUACCUUGUUGUUUGUAUGAAAGGAAAACAACAUGUUGAGAUUAUUUCUAUUUACUGACCUGCAAGAGAAAAGGACCUGCAAAAAGGAGAAUCUAAUUUCAUUCAAGUUUUUUAUUUUCAGCUUUUUAACUCUGGGUGCUUCAGGCCCCUUAACUGUAAUAAAUAUUCACAAUAAACAAAUUUCUUUGUAAAUACUAA